AUGGUUGGUACCUGGACGCCUCCAGGUGCCAUAUUCAGCUUCGAGUUCGACGAUGAACAACUGACCUUGAAACUGAUCAACAGAGCAGAAAUUCCGGAAGAUGAACCCAUAUCAUGGAUGACUUUUAAUCAUUCCAGGAAAACCAUAUACGGCGCGUCCAUGAAAAAAUGGUCUAGCCAUACGGUCAACAGCCCAACAGAUAUUCAGCACAAUGUGUCGCAUUCGAUAGCGGGACAUGAACUUGCACCAAGCCGCGAUACCAAUACUCGAGCCAUUUUCGUCCUUGCCGCACAGAAACCCCCUUACAAUGUCUACGGCAACCCCUUCUACAAGUAUGCCUCACACGGGAAUGUUUUCAGUGUCCAUGACGCUGGUAGAUUGGCGCAAAACAUACAGAAUUAUGAGUACGAAGAAAAAGCAGGCGUGCAUGGAAUGGUCUUUGAUCCAACCGAAUCAUUCCUGUACUCAGCAGACAUGGGCGCGGAUAAGUUAUGGACACAUGCAAAGAAUCAUGAAACGGGACAAGUACAGCUCGCUGGAAGCGUCUCGGCACCCGAGACUGGAGACCACCCUAGAUGGGUGGAGAUGCACAAGAGUGGAAAACAUCUUUACCUGCUGAUGGAAGCUGGGAAUCGUCUGGCGGAAUACAAGAUCGACCAAGACUCCCACCUGCCCGAAUUUACUGGUAAAAGCUUCUCACUUAUCCCAGAAGAUUUACGCGCCAAUAAAAAUAACUAUCGUGGUGAUGUUGUGUUCUGUGCACAAAGUGGCGAAUAUCUCUUUGCUACAACGCGUUCCAACACCCUGACAAUUCCCGGCUGGAUUAGUGCCUACAAGUUGGCCGAAGAUGGCAGUAUUGAGAAGCGAGUGCUGCUACAAGCCACCAGUUCCAGUGGAGGUCAUUCAAAUGCACUCGGCAUGUGUCCCUGGACGGAUGAAUGGAUUGCCUUGACAGAUGACACCGUUGGCUUUAUUGAAAUGUACCGAUGGUCCAAUGAAAAACUCCAGGUGGUGGCGAGGUGUGAGGUGCAUGAACCUGGAUUUGGCAUGAAUGCGAUUUGGUAUGAUUAG